CCCUUCUCUCCAUCCAAGCCCUCCGCGACUCAUUUCACUUGGUGGCGGAAUUGCUACGGUCGGAAUCUGUGAUCUAUAUAUCUCUUAGCUCUGCGGUUUCUUUAUCUCCGGGGCUCGAGGUUAUCGAGGCGAUCAUUUUUCUCCGGCUAUCCUGAUCGAGGCUUCGGAGCUGCGAAUCUUGUCGCAAUGUACAACCCUUACCAAGCUCCUGGUCUGUAUGGCAGGCCUCCUGACUUCGGGGCUUACCCAGGAGCACCCCCAGGCAUGGCUCCGCCAUCCGGUAUGACGGCCCCUGGAACCACUCCCCCGCCAGGCUUGCAACAGGCGAAUGCCCAGCAGCCAGGACGACCGGGCGGUUUCCCCGCGAACUUUCAACCCCCUCCGAACAUGCCCAACAUCAACUUCUCGGCCCCUGUCAUUCGCCUUGGAACUUCCGGUCCGCCGAAAUCUGCUACCCCAGACACAAACAAAGAACGCGAGGCUCCCGGAAGACGUGCCGGGCUGGGCUCGGCCAACCUGGAUUCGCAACGCCAGAACGUACGCGAUGCCAUGAUGCAGCUACAACCGCCGACGCGCGAAGAAAUUGUGAGGACGAUAUUUGUCGGCGGAAUCACGGAAGGCGCUGGCGGGGAUGAGGGCGUCGAGAGAAUUCUACGGUCUGCGGGGAACCUUAGGCGCUGGAUCCGUGCUACGGAUGCGGAUGAAAAGCCGUGCAAGUUCGGUUUCGCAGAGUACGAGGACCCUGAAAGUCUAGGUACUGCCGUUGAAGUACUAAAGGACGUUCAAGUGCCUUUGAAAAGACAGACACCGUCGCAGGGUGAUGAGGGUGAGCAGGAGGUGGAGAAGAGCACAUUACUGAUUGUCGUUGACGAAAGCUCUUUGACAUACUUGGAACAAUACGAAUCUACCAAAGGCGAUCAAGACCCUGCAGAGAACCAAGCCCGACUUGACACGGCUCGUGCUACUCUCAAAGAGGUUCUUUCCGACUUGUUUAACCCCACGUCGCCCAUACAGAAGGAAGAGACUUCGGUAAUUGACCGUGAGGGAGAUGUUGCGAUGAAAGACAGCGAAGGUCAAGGGGAAGGCGGCUCGGCUGAAGUCGUGACCAUCCCUAUCACCAUCGAAGACGAGUUGUCGGAUAUCCCUCCCGAUAUGCGGGAAACUGUUGCGAAAGAAAUCUCGGCGUUCCGCGAGCGAAGCAACCGCCGAGACAUUGAGCGCCUGAAGAGGGAAGAGGAGAUUGAAUCCAUGGAGCGAGCCCGAAAUGCCAGCUCCCGCGUCAACCGGCUGGCUUCCCCACCGCCAUCGGCCCCCAGUGGACCCGCUGCCGGUGCAAACGGCGUGCCUCUUGGUCCCAGGGACCGUAGUAUGCCGAACGCGCCUGCCGGGCCCAAGGGCUUUGGAGCUCAGAUUCCCAAAGAUUACCAGAAGGGGGUGUCAUUUGUCAACGGUGGAUCUAUGAACGGUGGACCGGCCGUAAAUAUUGACCGCGAAGAUGAGGAAUCUGAUGCGAGCGACGAGGAGCUGGAGCGCAGGCGCCAGGAGAAAAAGGAAGCCGAACAAGAAAAGCAGUUCCUUGACCAGGAGCGCCGCUGGCUCAACCGUGAGCGAAGCAGGACCGCAGCCCUGGAGCGAGAGAAGAAGAGAGACAAGGAAGAGGAAUCCAAACUCCAGGAAGUCAAAGAAGAGGCCGAUCAGCGACUCGGGCAAUGGAACGACGAGGUUGAGGCCAGCCGUAAAGCCGAUGACUACUACGCUGACCGGGGAGCGUGGCUGCGCAGCCGGGCCGCUUUCCGUGCGCGCGAAAUCAGCAUGGACGAUACCGACCGAGCUGCCGAAGAGCGGGAACGCGCUCGUUCGGUCCAACAGCGCGAGCAAGCACGCGGCAUGGCCGACGACUUCCUUGCUCGCCAGGCGGAGGAGCUCGAGACUCGCCCUCAGGCCCCGAGAGAGCCGCAGCGCUUCAAGCUCUCGCUCGGCGCCGCCGCGCAAAAGGCUCAAGCCGCAACCGCUCGUCGGACGGUCGCAGAAGUCGAAGGUCUACUGGAGGACGAGGAAGAGCCGCAAGCGACGGCCAGACGUCCUCUCAUUCCGAUCAAGUUCGACAGCGCCGCCGAGGCGGCCGGACUUACCGAAGAGGAACGUGCCCAGGCUGCCCGGCAGCUGGCAGGCGAGAUCCCGGCCGACAAGGAGGGACUCUGGAAAUGGGACGUCAAAUGGGAGUUUGUGGACGAGAACGUUGUCAGCGAACAGCUCAAGCCCUUCGUGGAGAAGAAGAUUGUGGAAUACCUGGGAGUCCAGGAGCAGAUGCUGGUGGACGUGGUGGAAGAGCAUAUCCACAAGCAUGGCAGUCCUCAGGAGUUAGUGGAACAGCUCGAAGAGGUAAGUUCUCUUGAUUCAUCUUCCAACAGAUUUUUCAGCGAUUCUAACCCAACCCGUAUAGGCACUCGACGAGGAGGCCGAGGUUCUGGUCCGAAAACUCUGGCGAAUGAUCAUCUUCUUCUCGGAGAGCGAGAAGCGAGGUCUCUCCGGUUGAGCAGUACAUGGCGGGUGGAUAAGCUAGGCCUGGUGUGUAGCCACCCUUGUUGUUUAUGCUAUGGUUACGGCGGAUGGAACUGCCUUUACAUGGGAAUGAUAGGAUGCUCUAAUAGAUAUCCGCUCCAGCGAGGGGCACAAUACAAACGGUACUCUUUUGGUCUUGUUCCGUAGCUCUGCUUGAGAGUUUCGUACGCACUCUAUCUACGCUGCGAUAUUUAGGCAAGUAUAAUGUAUAAAUCACCUACAUACUAUAGCGAUACUCCGCAUGCUACACCGUAGGCAUUUAUAGAAAACACCCCGGAGAUAGGCCGAUCCUCGCCGCGUAAACCCGCAGCCUUAGGGCUGACGGCGUAUCGACAUUCGACAACCUCAAGUAGGUGCCUCAGGCUCUCAUCCCGUCAGGAACACGGAGACCCGCCGACAAUCCGAUGGGCUUUUCUCAUUGGUGGGAAAAUGGCUCCCACGGCCAGGAAGAAUUGCUCCACCAAUCAGGACUGUCUUCCCCACGCUGGCGGAACAAUUGCAGUCCGCGG